AUGUCGCAAUCAUCGCCGUCUCAACUUCGGCAGCCACUUCUCGGAUCGCGGGACGAGCAAUGCCCUGACGAGGAUGGAUCUCACAACGUUGCGAAAGGCUCCUCUCCAACGACGACGACGCUCCUCAUGUCUGGGGCUGCCAUGUACUCGUUUGCGUUGCUUGGCCUGUUCCAAUCAACUAUUGGAGUAAUGCUCCCCCGCAUGGAAGCAUUCUAUCACCUCAAUGAUGUCCAAGUGUCCCUCUGCUUUCUAGCUGGGCCAGUUGGAUAUGUAAUUUCUGCACAACUUAACCACUCUAUCCACUUGCGCUUCGGCAGAAGGGGAAUUGCCGUUGUUGGGCCCAUCUUCCAGAUUCUCUCAGCUGCUCUUACGGCUAUGCAUCCUCCAUUCCCCAUAGUGCUCGCCUCUGCUGCAUUGGGUGCAUUCGGGACUGGUCUCCUAGAUGGAUCGUGGUGCGCCUGGGCCGGGCGCAUGGAAAAUGCAAACCUGAUAUCAGGUCUGCUACAUGGAUCGUUCUCUCUUGGGGCUGGCUGCGGCCCCAUCCUUGCCGAGCUCGUGCUCUCUGGAAACAGGCCGUGGUAUUCCUGGUUCUAUGUUUUGGUAAGAUGAUUUGCUAUCCUUCUAUGUUUACUUUCUUGCUGUAGAACAGUUUUUUUAACGUUGACCUUUUCACGCAGACUGCAUUAAGCAUUCUCGAGUUAAUUAUCCUGCCGUUCGCGUUCAGACAUGAGAACGCUGAGAAGUAUCGCAACCGCCGAGCCGACGAAACAGCAGAGGAAAGCCACGAAAAGCUUUCAAAAAUCUUCCACUAUAAGUCGACAUGGAUCUGUGCUCUAUAUCUACUUAUUUAUGUUGGUACCGAAUCAGGAAUUUCGGGAUGGAUCGUGUCUUUCAUGCUUCGAGUCCGUCACUCCUCAACACAACUUGCAAGUACCUGUUCCUCCAGCUUCUGGAUUGGCAUGGCUGCUGGGCGGCUUAUACUGGGACUGCUCACCGACAGGGUCGGUGUAAGCGCGCUACAAACGGCUAUAUUGUCUGUGCUCUGGCGUGUCAGAUCCUUUUUGUCACAGUGGAAGGCCAAGUAG